AUGGAGCCUUCUAAAGAACCUAGUAGGAUUAGCAAAGAUAACUUUUUAGAAGUUCCCAGUUUAUCUUAUUCUUUUUCUGAAGAUGAAGCUGAAGCUACUUUCAAACCUGGUUUCUCCCCUCAGCCUACUAGGCGAGGUUCUGAUCCUUUUGAAGAUAUGUACUUGGACACACCAUCUUCAGGUACGAGAAGAGUCUCAUUUGCUGACACCUUUGGACUCAAUCUUGUGUCCGUCAAAGAAUUUGAUUCCUGGGAAUUUCCAAGUGCUGGAACCAAUUUUGAUUUUAAAAAGGAUAUUUUCCAUACAGAAGAAUAUGUUUUAUUGCCACAAUUUGAUUUGCCUUCUUCAAAAGAAGAUCUUAUGCAACAGCUUCAAGAACAGAAAGCAAUUUUGGAGUCAACAGAGUAUUUUCCUGGGUCUACAUGCAUGAAAGGCAUUAUUAGAGUGCAGAAUGUUUCUUUUGAGAAGUUAGUGUAUGUAAGAAUGUCCUUAGAUGACUGGCAAACACAUUAUGACAUUUUAGCAGAAUAUGUUCCAAAUUCCUGUGAUGGGGAAACUGAUCAAUUCUCCUUUAAGAUUGCAUUAGUUCCUCCUUAUCAAAAAGAAGGCAAUAAAAUUGAGUUUUGUAUACGCUAUGAAACUUCUGUUGGUACUUUUUGGUCAAAUAAUAAAGGCAAAAAUUAUACAUUGGUUUGUCAAAAGAAAGAGCAAGAGCUGGAAUCCAUGAAGCCACAGGAAGAAGUUCCUAAUAGACAAAUAAAAGGCUGCUUAAAGGUAAAACCAAGCAAAGAAGAAUCACCAGUAACAUCAGAUAAGAAUAAGUUUGAGAAUUCGAAUAUUACAGAUACCUCUAUUCCAGCAAUUGUUUGUUCUCAUGAAGACAAGGAAGACUUGGAAUCCAGUAAUCAAAAUGUAAAAGAUGUAAACAGGGAACAUGAUGAACAUAAUGAAAAAGAAUUAGAGUUGAUGAUAAAUCAACAUUUAAUAAGAACCAGAAGAACUGCUUCCAGAGAUAAAAAGGAUUCAUUUUCAACAGGUUCAGUCCAUUUUCCAAACAAAGCUGAGGAGCUAGAGAAGAAAAACAUCUAUAAGGAAACAUGCACUGACUUGUUUAAAAGGCCAUUGUCUCCAAAUUCAUCAGUUGAAAACUCACUAAACAGAGGUCUUUACCACAAAGAAAAUGAGUGCGAUCAUCAACCAUCAGAGGAAAUUACUCCCAAUUUGGAAGAAAUCAAACAGUUGUUGGAAAAUGAUACCAGUGGUAAUGAAUAUGUAAGGCUACAUACCAAUGGCAGAGACAUACUAGAUGAUAAUGCUAAUCUAGCCCAAGGGAUGGGUAGCAUGCAAAGAUACUUUCUUUCCUCAAAGCAACCAAUGGCAGAUGAUGUUAAUGAGAAGCAAGAAGGAGAGGCCAAGACAAUAGAAGGAAAAGACUGGGAAUGUUUAAGAAGAGAGUUCCAUUUAAAAGACUCAACAGGAAAGGGUUCUUCUGAGAAAGUUUAUAGCAAGAGUGAGGAAGAGGAGGGGGAGGGACAAAGAGCAUAUUUAGUCAUUAAUGAAAAAUCAAAUACAAGUUUUCAAGACCAAGAUAGAAUGACUGGUCACUCUGAAAUAAGUAUGAAAGGGAUUGGUGCUAGUAACCAAGACCUAGAUACUCUGCCAAGAAAAGAUACAAUUUCUGGUCACAAGAUCGCAGAAGAUAUGUUUUCGUCACUACGGACAAAUCUAAGUUGGAAAGAUACUGUGUUAACAAGCCCAGAGUCUGAUCUUUUGAGCUUUAAAGGCACCCCUUUAGGAGAGACAGCUGAUCAAGUUUGGUCACCAAGGAACGGGAAUGUUUUGAGAAAUGAUGAUCUGUCCCAAAUUGGAAAAGAAAAAUCAGAUUGGUUUAAUCCUGAAGACCAGAAAGAGAAUAAACAGCCUAAGCAUAGUUGCAAUGUCGUGGAAAGUCAGGGACAAACAAAAAUGAGGAAGACAAGUAGAACAGAACAGAUCAAAGAACUAGCAGAUUGUCAAGACAUGUGGGAAAAAAGAGAUACUACAAGGAGUCUGAAAGCUACUCCUACAGAAGAAUUGUUUACCUGCCAAGAAACAGCAAUCUGUGAACUGUCUUCUCUAGCUGAUCAUGGUGUUACUGAGGAAGCAGAAGCAGGUACAGCUUAUAUAAUUAAGACAACAUCAGAAACUGCUCUAGAAAGCAUGUCUGCUAGAGAAAAAGCAAUAAUUGCUAAGCUACCUCAAGAGACAGCACAAAGUGACAGGCCCAUGGAGGUAGAGGGAACAGUGUUUGAUCCGCAUGAAGAGAGAAAUGAUAAUUCACAUGAUACUCUUUGUCAACGAGAUACAGAAGGUGUAAUCUAUGACAAUGAUUUUAAAAAGCAAUCAUGUUUAGGUAUUUGUAAGGUACAUGUAGAUGAAAUAGGCACGGAAGAAACCAAAUCUAGGUGCCCUCCUGGGAAGAUAUAUGAUGUGAAGAAAUGUGGCAUUGGGAGUAAAACAUUUGUGGAAGAAUCCUUACAGGUCAUCACAGAAAAUCAGAAAGCUGCAUCAGAACUUGAUUUUCAUUUGAGAAUGUUACCAAAAGUCAAAAAAACAUUUCUAGAAAAUGAAGAUCAAGAACAGGUCCAAGAAUUACCAAAGAAAACAGAAACAGUUAUUCAUUCUGCUUUUAAGUCAGAUAGUAAUAGAUCUUCUGCUAAUGAUUCUUACAUCUCCAAUUCCCAUUCUAAAAUGUCAGUGUCAUCUGAUAAACAGGCAAUCGAAAUAGAGAACAAUAUUAGUCCUAUGACUCCCCAAUCUAUUUCUAUGAAGUCAGAAUAUAAUUGUGAUCCAACAAACGCAGUGCAACACACUGAGAAAUCUUAUCCUGAUACUAAACAGGGAGAUAUGUCCAAAAAUUCAGAAAUAGAAACAGCAGGAAAUAGAAAAGAGAGUUGUGAAGGCCAGAUUCGUCAACAAGGAGACUACGGUAUGGAACAAUCCCCAGGGUCAAAGAUUUCAAUCAGUGGAACCUUUGAGAAUAUGGGAAAGGCAAAACAUGAAAAUGAAGGAUUAAUAAACUCUGAACAAUCACUGGGUGACAAGGAAUCUGAGUGCUCUCUGUCUACAAGUCUCUUUGCUCAAGAAAGUCAAGCAGACAGCAGCAAAUCACUGCUUUCACGAUAUAUGCACUCUAAAAUAUCAUAUUUUCUUUUGUUUCUGAUCUUUCUUGCAACCAUCUACCACUAUGACUUAAUGAUCGGAUUGGCGUUCUACCUGUUUUCAUUGUACUGGCUCUCAUGGGCAGGAGGGAGACAAAAAGAGACUGUCAAAAAGAAGUAA